AUGCAACUAAUAAUCACCUUAAUUUUGGCUCUUAGUUUUGUUUCAACUUGUCUAUGUAAGAGGUGGAAUCUAGUUGAUAGAAACGAUAAUAUAUAUAAUGUGAUGCAAUAUGGUGCUCGUGGUGAUGGCAAAUCGGACGAUUCACAAGCAUUUUUAACGGCAUGGAAUAGUACGUGCGAAGCACAAGGGGCAGCAACACUAGUUAUACCACCAAGACUAUCAUUCUUAGUAAACAAUUUAAUAUUCACAGGUCCUUGCAAGGCCACGAGUAUCACCAUACAGGUAAUAUCUGUAAACGGUCUCACAAUUGAUGGUCAUAAUAGUGGAAGUAUUGACGGCUAUGGUUCUACUUGGUGGGAAUGCAGAAGUUGUGCUCGACCUAUAGCCGUAUAUUUCAAUCAUUGCAAUAAUCUUACAGUUAAUAACCUGAGGGUGAGUAAUAGUGCUGGAGCGCAUAUAGCCAUAAAUGGUUGCAACGGUGCAACAUUCUCCCGUUUAUUAGUCGAUGCUCCUCGUACUAGUCCCAACACUGAUGGCUUUAACAUUGCUAGUUCUAAAAAUAUUUUGAUACAAGAUUCAAAAAUUAGUACAGGUGAUGAUUGUAUUGCGAUCAAUGGUGGCUCCUCGUACAUCAAUGCUACUCGUCUUGUUUGUGGACCAGGCCAUGGAAUAAGCAUUGGUCUUGGUAAAGAUCACUCUUAUGAGACAGUUGAAGAAGUUCAUGUACAUAAUUGUACUUUUAUUGGAACCACAAAUGGAGCAAGAAUCAAGACAUUUCUUGGUGGAUCAGGUUAUGCUAGAAAGAUUACUUUUGACCAAAUAUAUCUUCAAAAUGUAAGAAACCCAAUAAUUAUAGAUCAACACUAUGGCGUUAAAGUGAGUGAAGUAACAUACCAUGGAAUUGAUGGAACUUCAGCUAGUGACAUAGCUAUUAAACUAGAUUGCAGCUCACUGGGUUGUUCCAAUAUUGUAAUGGAUCAAAUUAACAUUGUUUCUUCUCAAAAGGAAAAAAAGGUCAAUGCUUUUUGUCAAAAUCUUCAAGGAACAAUUGAAUCCACUGUUCCAAAGGUCUCAUGCACAUAAAUAUAUUGUUUGAAUCAAUUAUAUGUUAUCCA